AUGUCUGUCAUCUGCACCUACAUCAGGAAGUCAGUCCUCUACAAAGUUCGACCAGAAGUUCGCCAGGUUGAUCGCUUCCUUCCCUGUGAUUUUCUGCAAGCUCUCCCUGGCUUUAUCGUGGUCCUAACUAAAGAUGGGAAACUGGUGUGCGUGUCUGAAAAUGUGUCUGACUACUUGGGCCUCACCAUGGUUGACCUUCUUCAAGGAGAUACGUUUUACGACAUGAUUGACAGCUCCUAUGUGGACCUUGUCAGAGAAAGCUUAGAGACAGAUGCUAAUUCAUCGAGAGAGAUAUCUUUUGUGUGUCAGAUGCACACUUCCAAGGCAUUCCGGCUCCAGCAUGGCAGCUACUGCACUUUAUUGGUGCGAGGACGGUUCCAGUCCGACCCACAGUCCUCCCUGUUUGUGGCCCUGUGCACGCCCACGGUGAACCGGCUAGGCGAGGCCGACCUCCUGGGCUGUACCUCCCAUUUCCAGACCCUGCACAAGCCAGACAUGUCUCUCAUUCACACCCCUCACAGUGUGUUUUUCCACCUGGGCUACACCUCAGACGAGUUGGCUGGUCAGUCAUGGUACAGCCUGAUUCAUCCUGAGGACCUGUCCGUCGCUGCCUGUGCACACAAAAGCCUGAUUGAGAUGAUGGAAGAUCCACAGGUGGAGAUGGUGUUGAGGCUGCAGUGUAAGGAUCUCUCAUGGACCUGGCUUUACACCUGUGCUGCCAUGUAUGCUGGAAAAGAUGAAAUCGCAUGCACAAACUACAUCAUCAGUGAAACAGAGGCCAUCUUUCUCAAGCAAAACAUCCACAACAAUGCCUUGAGACUCCCCAAUAAGUCAUUCAGCAGUUCUGCAGCUUCCCAGGCUCCUUUGAGCCCUGAGGGUUGCGACAACAGGUCCCCCAAAAGACGACGGAACUCUGGUCAGCUGGUUGAAGAGUCAAGAAAAAGGACUCGGCUAUCGGAGAACAGCAUGAAUGUCGUCAUAUGUGACUCGCACCCCGGCAACGGAGACAGCCUUUCUGCACAUCUGGGACAUGGAACCACAGUGUUCUCCAGCCCUCCAUACAGCCCAACCUCCUCCCAUUCGCCCCUCAUGCAGGAGGAGCCUAACCCAGACUACUUGUUGGAGGAGCACUGCAACGUCACAGAAGGGCUGCUGUCGCCCCCUAGUGGCUCGCCCCAUUAUAGCCCUCCCGCUAGCAGCAGCAAUAGCAACAGCAGCAGGGUGGAUCCAGAGGCCUCUGGCACUUUUACCCCAACUUUAACACUCCAGAGUUACCACAGCGAAGCGUUCCAUUCCGGCUCCUUUAACGUGGUGUCCUCUCCGACCUCCCUGGGUCCCCAGCCCGUUUAUGUGUUCCCGGACUGUGUAGGGGACUCUUGCCUUGUCCCUGACUACCAGCCUCUGUCAGAGGUGUACGAGAGUCCGGCUGACUGCGUCCUACACCCGGAGGACUUUGGCCUGCUGCCCGUAAGUCCGUUGGAUCUGGGGCCGUCGGAGCACUCCCAGGAACUACCACCUGUGUCGCACCAAGCCACCCCUCUGACCCCAGAGGCUCUCCCAGCCGCACCCCUCCAGUUUCACUACGGUGAGCGUGAGCUUGACCAAGACCAGGACCAGGUGGAGAUCAGCCUGCUGGCUCGCCAAAUCUCCUCUCUGGCCAGCAGCUUCAACGCGUACUGCUCGCAGGGCCUGGCCCCUGGUGGGAGUGCCUCUCCCCAGCACCAGGACCCUCCGCUGGGCUGGCCCCAGCACGCCCUCCCCCCGUACCUCACCGCCGGCACUGGCUCCGAGCCUGUGCUGGACGAGGGCGCCAUCGAUUGCAUCCUGAAGGACCUGGACGGCGUGCUCGGGAGAGUCGAGGGCUGGACGCAGCAGCCAGAUGUUAACCGGCUGACCUCACGCGCCCCGGCGGCCCAGUCCCAGGACUCGUCUCUGGCCGCUCUGGUGGACUGUCUCCCCGUGGAGGGCUUCGCCUCCACUCACACGACUGCUGAUCCGCUCAUCGUGAGGUCAGAAUGCCAGGACCAAAACACUGGGUUGCAUCAACUCAACCAGUACGCUUACUGCAGCAUUCCACAAGAUGGGCUUGCUGAAGAAUCCAUGUACUGACUGUGUCUCUGACUACUAGUACUACCCCUCGUAUGGCAUAUUGUCAUAAAGGCUUACUCACUGGACCAGCACAUGAGCUCGACUCAAUACCGCGACUUCAUUCCUUUGGUCAUACCAUAUCAAACAAUGGUCUUCUUCUUAGAAGUAGAACUGAUUUUGUAAACAAAGAAGUUAAGCCUUUAAUGAACUGACCUGUCACUAAGUGAAGGAAACUCAAUAUUUCAGUGCUUAAGUUUGCUCAUGUUGUUGUUAACUUAUGUAAAUAGUGUGUCUAUGUUAUGUUCCUUCCCUUGGAAGUAUGGUACUGCUAUGUGACCCUAACCAUUGUUGUUUUCAAGCCCGAAUAACCACUAGUAACAGUUGAGCAAUUAACACAUGUAACGGUACUCGUGUUUUCUGUAAAGCACCUGGUGAGAACAGCCUUGUCUCAUUUUCUCCCAGAAUUAGUAAGACACAAAAUAAGUACGAUAACUACCUCAGAGUAAUGUUCCUAUAUUCGAUUCGGAUGUGUGUCGUUUGUUUUGUAUUGGUGUAUAUUUAUUGUGAAAUGAAUGUGCUUGCGAUGUCGUCUUAAAGUGAAAUGCUCUUCGUGUGAUGAAAAUGUUACAUUCCGGUAUGUGAAAGCUGUGAACUCUUAACCUGACUGCCGCAGACUCAAAUAUGAGUCAAACUGAAGUGCAGAGACAAUCAAUUUUUUUGAUGAUGGUGACCAAAAGGGGUUGGGAAAAUA